AUUAUAUCCCGUCUUCUACCCAAAGAAAAACUCUCGAAUCCAUCCAGUCGUACGUUAUCCGCCUACUUCUCUCUCCCUUUCUCCCUCCACUGUACAGCCUCACUAUAUAUAAUCGGGAACUUGCGGCUAUCUCUCAUUCACUCACUCACUCCCCACAGCGUUUUUUCUACCACCAUGGAUGUCGAUCUGACCCCUAAGCUCCCCAAGAAUGUCAUCGAAGGCGACGGCGGCUCCUACCAGGCCUGGUGCCCCGACGACCUCGUCAUGCUCAAGCGCGGCAACAUCGGUGCCGCCAAGCUCGGCCUCAAGAAGAACGGCCUUGCUCUCCCUCACUACUCCGAUUCCGCCAAGGUCGCCUAUGUUCUUCAAGCAGGCAACGGAGUAGCCGGAGUUGUUCUCCCAGAGAAGGACGAGAAGGUGAUCGGGCUCAGGAAGGGCGACGCCAUCGCGCUCCCCUUCGGCGUCGUGACCUGGUGGUACAACAAGGAAGACACGGAACUGAUCAUCCUCUUCCUUGGCGACACCUCGAAUGGCCACAAUGUAGGUUCCUUCACCUAUUUCUACCUCACGGGAACCAAUGGCAUCUUCACGGGCUUCUCCAGCGAGUUCGUCUCACGGGCUUGGGACGUCGACGAGGCCACCGUCAAAGCCCUCGUCGGAUCCCAAUCGGGGGAAGGAAUCGUCAAGGUCGAUGGCUCAAUCAAGCUCCCCGAACCGAAGAAGGAGGAUCGCGAUCAAUUGGUCUACAACUGCGAGGAAGCUCCUCUUGAUGUUGACAUCAAGAAUGGAGUAAGGGUGGUGGUGCUGAACACCAAGAACCUCCCCUUGGUCGCCGAGAUUGGGCUGGGAGCCGAUCUCGUGAAGCUGGAUGGCGGCGCAAUGUGCUCCCCUGGUUUCUCCUGCGACUCUGCGCUGCAGGUGACUUACAUUGUGAGUGGAAGUGGCAGGGUCCAGGUUGUGGGCGUGGAUGGCAAGAGGGUGCUGGAGACUACCGUUAAGGCUGGGCAAUUGUUCAUCGUGCCCAGGUUCUUCGUCGUUUCGAAGAUCUGUGAUCCUGAUGGAAUGUCUUGGUUCUCAAUCAUCACCACUCCAGACCCGAUCUUCACCCACUUGGCUGGAAGGACGUCGGUGUGGAAGGCAUUGUCGCCGGCGGUGCUGGAGGCCUCUUUCAAGGUGUCGUCGGAGGUUGAGAAGAAGUUCAGGGGAACUAGGACUUCCGAUGAGAUUUUCUUCCCACCAUCCAAGUGAGCUUUUGCGAGCAGUAUCAACCAGAGAGUGACCUGUUGAACAGUUUCUGUCGAUCAAUCGUUCUAAAUAAAAAGAUAAUAGGAAUCAUAUUAUGUAAAUAUUGAUAUAUGGAUGACCAUUGUCAUUACCACAUUAGAUGCUCACUUGGGAGUUAUAUGUAACCACAUUCCUACAUUUGAUAGCUCCUUUAUGUUUCAUUAUCUAUCAUUGAUAUAAAGAUGUAGUAGUUACCAAGGUGUGCCUAUAAAUAAAGCACACCAUUGUAUCAAAAGAGAGAAUGAAUAAGAAGAACUCUUCCCCUC